AUGCAGGCCAAAAAACGCUACCUGACGCUGCUCUCCGCCGGCACCUGUCUCGCCCUGCUGCUCUACCUGGGAGGCGUGCGGCUGCGGGCGGCCCGGCACCCGCCGCCCGGUAGCCGGCAUGGCCCGCCCCCGCGCCCCGGCGCCGAGCGGCCCUGGCCCCGCUUCCCCGACGCCCUGCGGCCCUUCGCGCCCGCCGAGCGGCCGGGCCCCGAGGGCGGCGGCGGGCGCGUCUCCCCCCGGCAGCGGCGGGACGCCAGCGCCGGCCUCUACCGCGGGCGCCGCUGCCGCAUGGAGUCCUGCUUCGACUUCGCCCAGUGCCGGAGAAACGGCUUCAAGGUCUACGUCUACCCGCAGCAGAAGGGGGAGAAGAUCGCCGAGAGCUACCAGAACGUCCUGGCCGCCAUCGAGGGCUCCCGCUUCUACACCUCCGACCCCGGGCAGGCCUGCCUCUUCGUCCUCAGCCUGGACACGCUGGACCGGGACCAGCUCUCCCCCCAGUACGUGCACAACCUCCGCUCCAAGGUGCAGAGCCUCCACCUGUGGAACAACGGCAGAAACCACCUGAUUUUUAAUUUAUACUCUGGCACCUGGCCCGACUACACCGAGGAUGUGGGGUUCGACAUCGGCCAGGCCAUGCUGGCCAAAGCCAGCAUCAGUACUGAAAACUUCAGACCCAACUUUGACGUUUCUAUCCCGCUCUUUUCUAAGGAUCAUCCUAGGACAGGAGGGGAGAAGGGAUUUUUGAGGUUUAACACCAUCCCUCCUCUCAGGAAGUACAUGUUGGUAUUCAAGGGGAAAAGGUACCUGACGGGGAUAGGGUCAGACACCAGGAAUGCCUUAUAUCACGUCCAUAAUGGGGAGGAUGUUGUCCUCUUGACCACCUGCAAGCAUGGCAAAGACUGGCAAAAGCACAAGGAUUCGCGCUGCGAUCGAGACAACGCCGAAUAUGAAAAGUAUGAUUACCGUGAAAUGCUGCACAAUGCCACUUUCUGUCUGGUUCCCCGUGGCCGCAGGCUUGGCUCUUUCAGGUUUCUGGAAGCCUUGCAGGCUGCCUGCGUCCCGGUUAUGCUCAGCAAUGGAUGGGAGUUGCCGUUCUCGGAAGUGAUUGACUGGAACCAAGCUGCCGUCAUAGGCGAUGAGAGAUUGUUAUUACAGAUUCCUUCUACAAUCAGGUCUAUCCAUCAGGAUAAAAUCCUAGCACUUAGACAGCAGACACAGUUCUUGUGGGAGGCUUAUUUUUCUUCAGUUGAGAAGAUUGUAUUGACUACACUAGAGAUUAUUCAGGACAGAAUAUUUAAGCACAUAUCACGUAACAGCUUAAUAUGGAACAAACAUCCUGGAGGGUUAUUUGUACUGCCACAGUAUUCCUCAUAUCUGGGAGAUUUUCCUUACUACUAUGCUAAUCUCGGUCUGAAGCCUCUUUCCACAUUCACUGCCGUUAUCCAUGCAGUAACUCCUCUGGUUUCCCAAUCUCAGCCUGUGCUGAAACUCCUGGUUGCUGUAGCCAAGUCCCAGUACUGUGCACAGAUUAUUGUUUUAUGGAAUUGUGAUAAACCCCUCCCAGCCAAACACCGCUGGCCUGCCACUUCUGUGCCUGUCAUAGUCAUUGAAGGAGAGAGCAAGGUUAUGAGCAGUCGCUUCCUACCCUACGACAACAUAGUGACAGAUGCAGUGCUAAGCCUGGAUGAGGACACCGUGCUUUCAACCACUGAGGUGGAUUUUGCCUUUACAGUUUGGCAGAGUUUUCCAGAGAGGAUUGUAGGGUACCCUGCUCGCAGUCACUUCUGGGACAACACUAAGGAGAGGUGGGGGUAUACCUCCAAAUGGACUAAUGACUAUUCCAUGGUAUUGACAGGAGCUGCUAUUUACCACAAAUAUUAUCACUACCUGUACACUCAUUACCUGCCUGCCAGCCUAAAGAAUAUGGUGGACCAACUGGCCAAUUGUGAGGACAUUCUAAUGAAUUUUUUGGUGUCAGCUGUGACAAAAUUGCCUCCAAUCAAAGUAACACAGAAAAAACAGUAUAAGGAGACCAUGAUGGGACAGACGUCCCGGGCCUCGCGCUGGGCCGACCCCGACCACUUCGCCCAGCGGCAGAGCUGCAUGAACACUUUCGCCAGCUGGUUUGGCUAUAUGCCGCUGAUCCACUCUCAGAUGAGGCUCGACCCUGUCCUCUUUAAAGACCAGGUCUCCAUCCUGAGGAAGAAGUACCGUGACAUUGAACGACUCUGAGGAGCGCUGCUGCGGGGGCCGA